GGGGGAAGUACAUUUAAAAAGGUUUAAUGUAAUAAUAUAAUAAUAAUAUGUUGAAUAUGAUUUUUAUUUUAUAAAUUAUGGACUGUGGUGAUUGUCACCUUGACCAGCAGGAGACCACUAAGCAAGACUCCAAGACACUAGAGGGCGCUGUGGUGAAAGCGAUUAUUUAUGCCUCAGAGAAGGCAAGAUGGCGGAGUCUGAAGAGCCAAAAGCGGGUCCUUGCACUUUUCUGUUCAAAAAAUCUACUAAGAAAUUCUCCGGACGAAAGAGAAAAGCAAGCGACAGCGACAAAGAUGGCAACAGUGAUGAGGACAAGAGCUCUGUGGUCAGAAAAGGAAAGAAGGACACUCGAGUCAACCCCAUGAUUCAAAGGACAAAGAAGGUGGAAAGAGAUGACGAAUCGUCCAGUGAAAAUGAAGGCGACAGAAAUGAGGAGAAGAAGAUCACUGUUGCAUAUAAGUCCACACGGUCAGCAAAACCAGAGGGACCUGAGGACAUGGGUGCAACUGCUACAUAUGAGCUGGACACAGAGAGAGACAACGACGCUCAGGCGAUCUUUGAGAGGAGUCAGAAAAUCCAGGAGGAGCUGACGGGUAAAGAGGACGACAAAAUCUACCGCGGCAUCAAUAACUACCAAAAAUUCAUCAAGCCCAAAGAUACCACAAUGGGUAAUGCCUCCUCUGGCAUGGUCAGGAAAGGACCAAUCCGAGCUCCUGAACACCUGAGAGCCACAGUCAGGUGGGACUACCAGCCAGACAUCUGCAAAGACUAUAAGGAGACGGGUUUUUGCGGUUUUGGAGACAGCUGCAAGUUUCUCCACGACAGAUCAGACUACAAACAUGGCUGGCAGAUAGAGCGGGAACUGGAAGAGGGCAGAUAUGGAGCCAAUGAUGAGGAGAACUACGAGGUGAGCAGUGACGAUGAGGAUUUGCCCUUUAAAUGCUUCAUCUGCAGGGAGUCAUUUAAGAAUCCCAUCAUCACAAAGUGUAAGCACUACUUUUGCGAGGUCUGUGCUCUUCAGCAUUACCGCAAGUCCAAGCGUUGCUAUGUCUGCAACACUCAAACCAACGGUGUAUUCAACCCUGCGAAAGAGUUGAUGGCCAAGAUGGAAAAACGCAAUGCAGCACUAGACCAGCCACCAUCAGAUGAGGAAGAUUAGAAACAUCUGAAAUAUUGCCCUUAUGUGUUUGUCAGUGUAAAUUUUGAAUAAAAAUACUUUUUUUUUUUU